AACGACGAAGCCCGGUUUACACUAGUCCAAAGAGUUGUCUUGAGAUUUCUAUUCUCGUGCUUGGUUGACAAAGCGAGAAGAAUCUCGAUCUUGGUCGACCACGCGACCAACGAGGAACAGAAACGUCGCGAUUCAACAAUGUGGAAACGAGUAGUAAUUAACAUCCGUUAUAACCGGAUGUUCGAGUGUAAUUCUUCUAGUGUUCGAAAAACUUUGGUCACGUAACGAUGAAUUUUCUGUGCGUAUUCUUUUACAUCUCGACUAUGGCGAUCUUUGGGUCCAGUUCAGCUCAACAGGACGAUGGUGUACUCGACAAGAUAAAAACGGGUUUCGAGUACGCGUCGAAUUAUCUGGAAACUGCAAAGGACAUUGCCGACUUGGUAGCGAGUAGUCUGGGCGGUAAGCAAAAGGAGAAACGGGGUGAGGACGAAGAUGCGAAGAAUAAGGGAAGUUUUGGCCCUUCCACCCUCAUGUCUGCUUUCUUUCGUCUCUUUGGAUUGGAUUCGCAGAAAGUUACAGCGAUUGCUGUGAACAGUGUCAUAUUCCUCGCACAAAUGAUAAGCUCGUUGUUCAAUUUGAAGCCGAAAGAGAAUUCUGGUAGAAGUUUGGAAGAUGAGAGUGACGCUUCAUCUUGGGAUCCAGCGAGACUUAUUACGGAGAGCAAGAACGAGAGAAUUCAGAAUUUACUGGAACAAGCUCGAGACGAGAAUCUAGCGAGUCGGUUGAUCGACAGAUUGGAUGGCGACGAUUCAUCGUGCAUCAGAUUGCUCGUAUGCAAAAUUUCACCUGUUAUCAAGGCGGCGCAAUAUUCUUUAAAGAACAAAAGUCAAGAUAAAUGGCAUCGAAUGACUUCUUGGCUACCGAAUAAAGACGAGUUCGAAGAAAACGGCGACGAAUGCGAAAACACGCAUACAGAUUGCAGUUUAUUUUUCUAGCGGUAGCUAUUGAAUCGGCCUGUAGUAGUUUAUUUAACUUUAUUUGCUACGAACUUGGUUUCGGGAAGAAAUGAGGAUCGGCUCGAAGAAAUUUUUCGAAUACUUUUGCACAAAAACUGAACGCUUUCGGAAUUUCGUAUAUACGUAUAUAUAAAAAUCGAUAUGGAAGAUGUUAUUUAUAAUUGAAACUCUACGCGUGAGUAACUGUGUAUAAUGGAAUUGCUAGGAAUCAAAGAAUUGGUUUGCACAGCAUAUAUAUUUGCGUCUAUACAAAUAUAUACCAAUAUAUUACACAAUGUACAAGGUAUACCAAAAUUAAUUUAUCGAACACCGCAUUUCCGGUGUUCUGCGAAUCGACGAAUGAAAAAGAAAAAAGCAGUGAACCACCAUUUUCCUUUCUGGAAUAUGCACCAUUUAUUUUAAAUAAAUUCCUCGUGAAUUAAAUUUGGCAAUAUACCCUUUCUUGUAUCUCCAGCCAUCUCCAGGAUGGCCGCGCUCGCGUUCCAUUACACCAAAUAAAAUUACUAUUGCUUCGAAUCGUUCGAUCAUUACAAACAACAUUUGUCUCUUGUACGUUGCACAAGGAAAUGCUUUCGAUAAUAUCGUUUGUGAAACAGAAGCGUUUCCUUUAAAAUGUAAUCGCAUUUUUAAUACGAUUUUAAACGGCCUCGUUGUUGCCUCGUUGAUAUUUAGCGAGGAUUUUAACAAGAAAAA